AUGGCUGCUCAGAACCACAGCGUGGUGUCUGAAUUCAUCGUCCUCGGCUUCUCCACCUUCCCGCAGCAGCUCCUCCCCGCCUUCUUCCUGCUGAUCCUGCUCAUGUACCUGUUCACGCUGCUGGGCAACCUGCUCAUCAUGGGCACCGUCUGGAGUGAGCGCAGGCUCCACACGCCCAUGUACCUCUUCCUGUGCGCCCUCUCUGUCUCUGAGAUCCUAUUCACUGUUGCCAUCACCCCGCGCAUGCUGGCCGACCUGCUCUCCGCCCACCACUCCAUCAGCUCCAUGGCCUGUGCCGGGCAGAUGUUCUUCUCCUUCACGUUUGGCUUCACACACUCCUUCCUGCUCACCGUCAUGGGCUAUGACCGCUACGUGGCCAUCUGCCACCCCCUGCGCUACAGUGUGCUCAUGAGCCCCCGUGGCUGUGCCUGCCUGGUGGCCUGGUCCUGGGCUGGUGGCUCAGUCAUAGGGAUGACAUUGACCUUGUUAGUAUUUCACCUCACCUUCUGUGGGUCUAAUGUGAUCCACCAUAUUGGCUGCCACGUGCUUUCCGUCUUGAAGCUGGCCUGUGGGAAGGAGACUUCCUCAGUCACGCUGGGGGUGAUCCUGAUGUGUGUCAUAGAUAUGAUGGGCUGUUUAUUCCUUAUCAUCCUCUCCUACGCCUUCAUUGUGGCUGCCGUCCUGCGGAUCCCCUCAGCGGAGGGCCGGCACAAGGCCUUCUCCACAUGCGCAUCCCACCUCACCGUGGUGGUGGUGCACUACGGCUUCGCCUCCAUCAUCUACCUGAAGCCCAAGGGCACCCAUGCCAUGGACAUUGACACUCUGAUGGCCACCACCUACACGGUCUUCACCCCCUUUCUUAGCCCAAUCAUUUUCAGCCUCAAGAAUAAGGAGCUGAAGAAUGCCAUAAAGAAAAGCUUCCAUGAAAAAUUCUGUCCCCUAAACUCCUGA